AUGGCAACAGCACCGAAGAACUUUCCCGAAGCUUCAAUUUAUUUUUUUUAUUCAACCCAUUUCGCUAAAAAAUUGUAUUUGUUUUAUAGAGAACACAUUUUGGAAGUUUCGGUAUUUAAUCGCAGAGAUAUUAAAGAUGAGACCAUUGGUUCCACCUUCAUAGAUUUAGAAGAUAGAUGGCGCACUAAACAUAGAGCUACUGUUGGAAUAGCAAAUGAAUAUAGUAGCUCUGGUUACAACAGAUGGCAUGAUUAUAUGUUGCCCUCAGAUAUUUUAAAGGAUUUAUGUAAAAAUAAUGAUCUUAGACCCCCUGAAAUAGUAGGGAAUACGAUAGAAGUCGAUGGUGUGGCAUUUGAAGAUGAAACAGAAAUUGCAACGGCUGAAGAUUUACAGGAACGUUUAUCCUUAACAGUCCUAAGAAAUUUUCAACAUUUACCCUCCUUUGGUUAUAAACUUGUGCCACAACAUGUUGAAACACGAUCUUUAUAUCGUAAUGAAUGUCCAGGUAUUGAACAGGGUAAAAUACAACUCUGGAUAGAAUUAUACGAUGGUAAUCUAAAUAUACCGCCACCCAUAGACAUAACACCGCAGCCACCACAAAUCUAUGAAUUGCGUGUCAUAAUUUAUAAUGUUACUGAAGUAGUUUUGCAAGAAAAGAAUAUCUUUGGUACGGCUAUGAGUGAUAUUUAUAUUAAGGGUUGGUGCAGCAAUUUUGAUGAAUCUCAAAAUACAGAUAUCCAUUACCGUUCCAUUAAUGGUGAAGGCAAUUUUAAUUGGCGCAUGUUGUUCCCUUUAAAAUAUUCAAAUAAUGAAGACAUGUUGGUAACCAAACAUCGUUCUGGUUUAAUGGAGGAAUAUGAACUAAAGCAGCCGGCUAUUCUUUCGCUACAAAUUUGGGAUAAUGAUUUUAUGUCACCAGAUGAUUUUCUAGGUUCUUUAGAGAUCAAUUUAUCUAGUUUUCCAGAACCGUAUGAGAGUGCCAAAAAAUGUGAACUAUUAGAUGUAACACAAUCUAUUACUUCCUAUGGUUCAACUACCACCCGAGUGACAAAAAAGAAAUCUCAACGAAAAUUAAUAAAUCUUUUUAAAAAGAAAAAAGUUUCAGGAUGGUUUCCGAUAAGAGGAAAUCUAAAGGAUUCGAAUAAAAUGGGUCAUAUAGGUUUAGCGGGUAAAAUAAAUUUGGAACUGGAAAUUUUAACGGAAACAGAAUCUAAAUUGAAUCCGGUUGGUUUGGGUAGAAAUGGUCCACAUGCUUUAGAAGAACCAACACGUCCAAAAACUUCUUUCAAUCCCUUUAGCAAUCCUUUUAAGGCUGUCAAACACAUUUUGUUUCCCAAAUUGAAAAAAGUUGUUUUUAUUUUAUUAAUUUUAUUUAUUGUGGGUUUUGCAUUAUUGCAACUUGUUGCGAAAUUUCCCGUAAUUAUGUCUGGUUUGGGUUAUUAAUUUCUGUGCAAAUGUUAAUUUUGAGGUUAUUGAUCUCGUUGGCCAGAAGUUUUUAUCUUUUUAUUUUAUUUAUUUUUGUUUUUGUGACAAUUUAAUAUGGAUUUUAUGUAUUUAUGCUUCUGUGAAAUGUUAAAAGAUGUUUAUUAAAAAAAUUAUAA